GCGCGUGGGCGCCCCCCGCUGCGCCUACACUGCGCUGACCCGUCGUAAACCCCGUGCGGCCCGGCGCGGUGGCGCAAGCAGCAGCAAGCUUAUGGCCCAGUUACCACCGCUUAACCCUGACCGCACUUAUCUUAUCUCUGUCCUAACACGAGCCUUAAGCUUGUCUUACGACCUUAAACCCACUCGCGAGAGUAAAUUACUUUGCUUCUGUCUGUUUGCUGAAAGUGUUGUGUGAGUGUUGUGGUUGUGUGUCUUGUCGUUUUCCGGGGUGGGAAGAAAAAGAGUCGCGGAGGUUUGUUCGCUUCUUUCCUGUACGCCGUGCGCUGUCGGCAACAGUGUAAAGUUGUUGGCCUCGUUUGCGGCGGGGUGGUGCGCUCUGGAGCCGUCCAGGAAUGAGUUGGCGUUUAUGAGUAUCUCACUGCGCCGCUAAUACGACGCGACGUUCGAUAAACCACCAGCAAGCGCUCGCGACAGAGCCCAAGCAUGCAAUGCGGUCGUAAAACUUGAGCACACCCGCACCUUUGUUGAGCCCGUCGUCGAGCGAGCAGCGUAAGCAAAGUCGUCCCCCUUUAAGCACGCUAAUCGUGCAUGUAAGAACAUUCUCAGACUAAUACGUCUAGAUGCACGCUUACAUGUGUAAGCACCCGUAAGCAUGGUCUCAAGCACGCGGGACAUGAAGGAACUUAAGCGCACCCCUACCAUAAGCACGCGGUACCUUAAGCACCCCUAUGCCUCAACGGAACCCGGCCCACCUUAAGCACGCGGUACUCUACCUCCAGCGCACCUCUCAGCCUAAAGCACGCGGUACCUUUCGUCUGGCGCGGUGAGCGCGGCGGUUAUACGGCCACAACACACUCAGCCCGCCCAUAGACGCGCAGCUGCGGCUCUACGAUAAGUGCCCGCCGCACGUAUACCAUGUCUUUGUCCCGGCCGGGGCUGGCCGGGCCGGGGAUUGCCGCUCAAGGCGAUAUGGCGACUCGAUCUGAUGGCAGUGAUUCUCUCAUGGCCUGCGGCCCCCACCCCCCUCCAGGGCGUCGCCAUGACGCAGCGCCACGCCACGCGUUUUGUUUGAUUGUGGUCCCGUUAGGCGCGGUGGUGGUUGGUGUGGACUUCCAGCGCGAUACCUGUAGGUCUCUACAGGCCCAAAGGUUUUGAAUAAACCUUGAAACAAAUUGAAAAUUUUCAAAAAUUCCGUUGCACACAUGCACCAAAACGCAAUAUUUUUCAUAAAUUUGUACCCAAUAACUUAAAUCUUCUAAAAUCUGAUAAAAAAAGUUCCGUCGAGAAACGGUUUGUAAAAGCAGACGAUACAAAUUCAAGUAAUCUUGUCAACUCUAUAAUAUUUCAUUGGGGAGUUCACGGGACGUUGUUUUCAGUCUCUCUCACUCUCACUCUCUUCUCAGCUAGUCGGGCUGACCUGAAUGACGAAUUUUCCUAAAGAGAAGCGGUGAAUUUUGACCGUAUUAAACUGUCAACUUUGUUUUUGUUUUGUUUUCAGAAGCUACCCGCGCCUAAUUUUAGACUCCUCCAAACCGAGCCUAUCCAGUGCAAAGUUUGCCGUAAGGGACGCCAGUCCUCGUAGCCUCAAUCUCAUGGAAGAACGGGAGGAGGGGCCCUUUCUGUGUUCUGUGUGUAACAAAGAUUUUGAAAAAGAUGAUGAACUGCGUCGACAUCUUCGAACUCAUAUAGGAGAUGAACCCUUCGAAUGUGACAUGUGCAGCAAGAAGUUUUCUUGUGCAGCAAAUCUGCGAAAACAUCUCAAAACACACACCAGAAAGGCACAUUUUGAGUGCACGGUGUGCAAUAAAAAGUUUCUGAACGCACGUGAUCUGGAAAGACAUCUACUAACACACACCGGAGAGAAACCCUUCGAGUGCCCGGUGUGCCAAAAGAAGUUUACUCAAAAGGGAAACAUGCGUACGCAUCUCCAGCUUCAUUCGGGAGAAAAACCUUACGAGUGCACGGUGUGCAGUAAAAGGUUUCCACGAAGUUGUGAUCUGAAAUCACAUCUCAGGACUCACACGGGAGAAAAGCCGUUUCAGUGCCCGCUGUGUGUCAAGAAAUUUUCACACUCUCACCAAUUGAGUGCUCAUCUCAGGACCCACACGAAGGAAAGGCCUUUCGAGUGCACUGAGUGCCUCAAGAAAUGUUCUUCAAGUUCCUCUUUGCGAGAACAUCUUAAAGUCCACACAAGAGCGAAACCGUAUGAAUGCUCUUUGUGCAAGAAGAAGUUUGGGUACCAUAUCAGUCUCAGUUAUCAUAUGAAAACGCACACGGGAGAGAAGCCUUAUGAGUGUGCAGUGUGCAGCAAGACAUUCGCCUCCAGCAAUGGACUGCGCGCGCAUCUUAGAAUACACUCUGGAGACAAGCCUCAUGAGUGUACAGUGUGCCACAAACGUUUUGGAGACCCUGGUGAUUUGCGGACACAUUUCCGAAUUCACACGGGGGAGAAGCCUUUUGAGUGUUCUGUGUGUCACGAGAAAUAUUCGGCUAGAAGAACCUUGAAGACGCAUCUUCGAACUCACACGGGAGAAAAGCCUUUUGAGUGUACCGUAUGUCACAAGAAAUUUGCUCAAGGUUCAAAUCUGCGUUCACACUUAAGAAUUCACUCGGGAGAAAAGCCUUUUGAGUGCACUGUAUGCAACAAGAGAUUUUCGCAGCAGUCAAGUCUAAAGGUGCAUCUAAACAUUCACACUAGAGACAAACCUUAUGAGUGUUCAGUGUGCCACAAACAUUUUUCACACCCUUGUGAUUUGCGGAAACAUUGUCGAAUUCACACGGGAGAGAAGCCCUUCGAGUGCACUGUUUGUCACAAGAAAUAUUCCUGGGAGAAAACCUUAAAGACGCAUCUUCGAACUCACAUAGGAUAAAAGCUUUUUGGGUGUACCGUGUGGACCAUGUGUCUCAAGAGAUUGUUUUCAUAUUUCACGUAUGUUCGCACUCAAGAAUUAGUUCAAACGAGAAUCCUUGACUAUUUUCCCCACCUGGGGUAAUGUAGGUAUAUGUCCAGGGGGUGGAACUGGUAAAAAAAGUGUACACACGUGUCUACACAAUCUUUGUUUCAGAAUGUGUGUGAUUGUGAAUGAUUCUGUCGAUGCGAUUGUCUCUGAUUGUUUAAGAUUGUUGGGUAAAUAUAGGUUUAAAAAUUGUCAUAAUUGUGUCAGAUUGUGUGUGAUUGCUUCCAAUUGUUUGAUUGUGUCGAUUGUGUGUGAUUGUUUCAGAUUGCGUGUGAUUGUCACUGUGUGUGAUUGGCUCUGAUUGUUUCAGGUGGUCGGAUAAAUAUUGUGACAUAUUUUAAAACAUUGUGUCAGAUUGUAACUUGAUUGUGUGUGAUUGUUUUCGGAUUGUUUGUGUUUGUGAUUGUUUACGAUUGUUUGUGAUUGUGUCCGAUUGUUUGUGAUUGUGUCCGAUUGUUUGUGAUUGUUUCAUGAUUGUUUCUGAUUGUUUUUCCCGAUGUACACACAUUGUGUCCAGUUCCACACCCUUCGGUAGAUGUCAUUAUGCACCGAUACGAUGUAGAGACACCUUUGUAGCUCGGAUCUACAGAUUUAUCUACGAAAUAGGGCACAAUUUUGUACAUUUUUUUACAGUGGUAAAAUAUAUCAAAAUCCACCUCAAAUUUAGAGCUGGCACUGUUCUGUUCUAUCGAAUAAAAAUAACCCAUUACCUCAAAUAUCCAAAUCAAGAGUGUUUAUAAAAUUCGAACUCAAUCCACUUCCACACUGAAAAUUUAAAGCAUAAAGCAAACGUGCUCAUGUGCUUUAGAACAACUGUAAAGGUGCUACUGCAAUAAUGUCUUCGUAAAGGCAGGUAUCAUCUGCUAAAAAUCACAGCAGUUUUGUUACGAUGUAGUUUACCAUUCCUCUUGUUUGGUUUUGACGGAUAGAGCUAGUGAAAUUGUGAGGCGGCGCGCUGAACCAAAGGAGACGUAGGAACUCAGUUCUAGGCGCGGCACGUCGCGUCGACUCAUUCUGUAAUAUGCAGAUGCGA